AUGAAUCAUAGUUUUAUCACAAGCAAAACGGUCGAAAAAUCAUCGAAUGCUGCUUGGGUAGCAAGUGGAAAUUAUCCUCCAACGGUGGCUCGACGUAGUCAUUUUGCUCCAAGAACUCUUCUAACUAUUUUCUUCAAGUCAACUGGUCCAGUUUUGAUUCAUUCUUUUAAAUGUGGACAAACAAUCGAUCAUCAAUAUUACAUCAAUAAUUGUUUGCGACCAGUUAUUGAUGAGAUUCAGAACAAACGGCCUUCCUUAGGUAUUCCAUCAAUUAAACUUCAUCGUGAUAAUGGAAAAGCACAUAUUCAUGACGAUGUAGUCAAUUAUCUUCAAUCGGAAGGCGUAACAAUAAUGCCAUAUCCACCUAAUUCUUCAAAUCUGGUUCCAUGCAAUUUUUGGUUGUUUGAUUUAAUCAAACAAAAUCUAGGCGAUCAAGAUGAUUCCGAAUCGUUCCAUGAAGUUGUGAUCAAAUUUAUGAAGUCAUUAAAAAAAUAA